AUGUUGACCAAGGUUUCCGCCAUCGCCGCCCUAGUGGCUGCAGUUCGCGCGCAGCAGGCCUGCACGCUGAACGCCGAGAACAAGCCCGCCCUCACCUGGUCCAACUGCGAGGCCGGUGGCACCUGCACCAAGGUCAACGGAGCCGUCACCGUCGACGCCAACUGGCGCUGGACUCACCAGGUCAGCUCCAGCACCAACUGCUACUCCGGCAACAAGUGGGACACUUCCAUCUGCAGCGGCACCGGCGAGGACUGCGCCUCCAAGUGCUGCCUUGAUGGAGCCGACUACUCCGGCACCUACGGCGCCACCACCUCCGGUGACGCCCUCAACCUCAAGUUCGUCACUCAGGGCCCUUACAGCAAGAACAUCGGUUCCCGUAUGUUCCUUAUGGACGCUUCUGGUGAGAAGUACGAGAUGUUCAAGCUCCUUGGAAAGGAGUUCACCUUUGACGUUGACGUCUCCAACAUGGGUUGCGGCCUGAACGGCGCCCUCUACUUCGUCUCCAUGGAUGCCGAUGGUGGUGCCAGCAAGUACCCCGGCAACAAGGCCGGUGCCAAGUACGGCACUGGUUACUGCGACAGCCAGUGCCCUCGUGACCUCAAGUUCAUCGACGGCAAGGCCAACAUCGAGGGCUGGGUCCCGUCCUCCAACGAUGUCAACUCUGGUGUCGGUAACAUGGGCUCUUGCUGCUCCGAGAUGGACAUCUGGGAGGCCAACUCCGUCUCCACCGCCUACACCCCUCACCCCUGCGAGGAGAUCGGCCAGAAGAGCUGCUCCGGCGACGCUUGCGGAGGCACCUACAGCGCCACCCGCUAUGCUGGCACUUGCGAUCCCGACGGCUGCGACUUCAACAGCUACCGCAUGGGCAACACCACCUUCUACGGCAAGGGCUCCCAGUUCACCAUCGACACCUCCAAGAAGAUCACCGUCGUUACCCAGUUCAUUGAGUCUGGCGGUGCUCUCUCCGACAUCAAGCGUUUCUACGUCCAGGACGGCAAGGUCUUUGUCAACUCCAAGUCUGACGUUGCUGGCGUCGAGGGUAACUCCGUCAACACGGAAUUCUGCACCGCUCAGAAGAAGGCCUUUGGCGACGACGACGUUUUCACCAAGAAGGGCGGUCUCGCUCAGAUGGGUAAGGCUGUUGAGGAGGGUAUGGUUCUGGUUAUGUCCAACUGGGAUGACCACCACUCCAACAUGCUCUGGCUCGACUCCUCUUACCCUACUGACAAGACCGGCCCUGGUGUUGCCCGUGGCACCUGCGGCAAGGACUCUGGCGUCCCCGCCGAUGUCGAGUCCCAGGCUCCCAACUCUAACGUCAUCUUCUCUAACAUCAAGGUUGGCCCCAUCGGCUCAACCUUCAACAGUGCCGGCACCGGUUCUGCUGUGAGUAACGAUGUCUCAGAUGAGGCUAACGCCCCGGUUGCGAACCCUUCUUCCUCCCAAGCACAGCCCAGCUCCGCUGCUCCAGUCGUCACCAAGCCACAUGCAGAGACCGCCGCACCUUCUUCAGUCGCGCCCACCAGUGUCCAGCAGUCACCAGCAUCCUCCUCAACCAUUGCUAACGUUCCAUCUGAUGCAGUAACGAGCCAGACGUCGACGCCCGUGGCCUCCGCCACCUCCGCCGCAUCUUCCGCUCCCGCUGUCCCAUCCGUUGAACCCGUACCGAUCGCGUCUUCCUCCGCCGCCGCCGCCGUUCCCGUCGCCAGCUCCUCUUCUGUCGCCGCACCGAUUGCGUCUCAACCGGCCGGCGGAGAAGCGGUAGCCCUCUACCACCAAUGCGGUGGCCUCAGCUACUCUGGUGCCACCAAGUGCCAGAGCGGUCUGGUCUGCAAGCAGUGGAACGAGUACUACCACCAGUGCGUUGCUGGCGAUGAGGCCGUUGGUGACGAGUCCAACGAUGACGACGAUGAGUGCCCUGCUGCUUAG